AUGGCUAACGUCAAUGGAAAAAAACUAAACCAACUUCGUGUGGUCAAUCUUCGGUCAGAGCUCGACAAAAGAAGCCUUGAUAAAUCAGGCCUGAAAGCAGCUCUGGUCGAACGUUUAGAGCAAUCACUGCUGGACGAAACAGUUAAAUUAAGUGACUCUACUAAUGUGCAAGAUGAAGUUAGCGAAACCGAUGUAAAAUCGAAAUCAAACAAGAAUCAAACAUGCAGUUGCGAGCUAAUGGCGGCAGAUCUAGAGGGCGUAAAGCUAGACAUUGUCAUACUGCAGCAGCAGAUAAAAGCUUCGGCGUCGUAUAACUUGAAUACGAUUAAAGAUUUAAACUCCGAAGUAGAGAUUACAAGACUACAACAAGAGCUGGCUGGAGAAAAGAAAGCAUCAGAAAAACUAAAAACGAAUAUUGAAUCGCUUGAAGACCGUGCCACAAAAGCCGAAGCAGAAAGGGAUUCCCUUCGAUUAGCUCUAACAAUCCUAAUGCAAGACAAAAUGACUAAAGUAUCGGAGAAUAUAGAUGAACAAUCCCAAAAUCCGUGGAGAAAUGUUGAGUCGAAGUCGAAGUAUCCAACCAAGCAAGACGAAAGCAAAAAACAUGACGGGCAAUCAGCAAAACAAAGUGAUGGAAACAGCAUAAUGGACAACGAGCGACUACCUCAAAUCAAUACGAGAUACUACAAGUCAAGGACCCGUGUAACGAAGAAAGUCCCAAAGUGUCGAGCACACAGCCAAAAGCACAACGUCCACGAGUUAACGUUGAAAAAAAGGGUGAACCCGAGACGGCCCCAUGUGAUGUGGCGAUUUUAG